ACCUCCAUUUUCAAGGUCCGAGGAGGGUUUUGCAUCUUGUUUGGAAAAAACGCCGGUCGCAUUCGAUAGGGUUUGCAGAAACUGAUCAGAAGAGAUGCAAUCGUUCUGUGGGAGAAUUACAUCGCUCACAAAGAACGUCAUUAAGUGCUCGCGUAGUUUUGAUUCGCCGUUGUCUAGGGUUUGUUUGUCUCAACCUAAUGAUCUACUCCUUGUUUCACGGUUACUUCCUUCACAUUUUUCGACAAAAAAUUACGGGAGAGAUUUACUAGCUUCAUGCAAAAGUACCAAUAUACCCUCAAUAGAGUCCAGGCUAGUGCACCAUUUUACUAACAGGGGCAUUGCAACACUGAAUGAUUCACAAAAAUCUGACCCACAAGAUGAAGCUGCCACUGCCACUGAGGUUGCACCUCGUGUCAAAUUCAAGAGACUCGAUAAAACAGCCAGACACAUUAUGCAGAUACUUGAUAAAGAAGCAGUGAAGGAAGUGAACACACAAAGAGAGAUACCUGAUAUAAGGCCAGGCUAUAUAAUCCAGCUCAAAUUGGAGGUACCUGAGAACAAGAGACGUGUGUCAACAGUGAAAGGAAUUGUGAUAGCAAGACGCAAUGCAGGUCUAAAUUCAACAAUCAGAUUAAGAAGACUUGUUGCAGGAGUUGGGGUUGAAUCUCUUCUACCUCUAUAUUCGCCGAAUGUGAAAGAAAUAAAGGUUUUGGACAAGAAGAAAGUGAGGAGAGCCAAGCUUUAUUAUCUGAGGGACAAGAUGAAUGCACUCAGGAAAUAGAAUGGGAAUUUUUGAAUUUAGUGUGUUUCAUGUUUUUUGUUUAAGAAUGUUAUAAGUGAGAUUGAUGAAUCUUUUUUAGUUAAUAAUUUGCAACAAGGAUAUUAUAUAUUGUAGGCAUUUUGAGUAAUGUUAAAUGUAGCGAUGUUUGACUUCAUGAUGGAGGUCAAUUUGGAUUUUAAAGUGAUAUUGUCUUUGUAUGGA